UUGUAAAACGGUGCUGACGAACUAGAGACACGCAAAAUGACACUGAGCUUUGCGAUGUGAGAAGCCUCGCUGAUAACCAAUGCAUGGAACAGAAAAGCGAAACCGCUCUUCUGCGCUGUGCGCUGCAGAAGCGUGACAACGGGGUGUCUGCAUGGAAGUGCACAGCUAGGAAACGGGGAUGACAGGUCAGCCAAUCAGCUGAUUGAAGAGGGUGGUCUGGCACUUAGCUAACAGCAGCUACGUCCCCAGGUGAGGUCGUUGUGCACGACAUGGAGACAGCCGUGUGAAGGCCCUCUAUCAUGGCCAGGCGCUGGAGGGAGCUAGUGGCCGUGCAGGGGACAGGAGCGCACCAGCCGUCAUGUGGCAGCCUGGCCCGCAGUGCUGGGAGACGCUGUUCAGGACCCAGAGUGGACACUGACACCCGCAGGUGCCGCCCCAGCCCCACCGCGCUCUCCACUAUAGCUCUCCUCACAGCUGUGCCUCCGAGCCCGGACAAGUCGACCCCCAGUGAGACUGUCGGCCAGUUCCUGCGUGACUUACGACCGUGUUUUCAGAGCCAAGCUCUUCACAGAGCUGCUGCUAACAGCCACCGAUUUACUGUCCGGCUGGAGGGGUCCGGCCUCUUUUGAGAACUGUUUUGCAAGUAGACAUGAGCUUCAGCCGAACCAGUGGGGCUGUUGGACCCGGGUCAGUCUGAGCAGGUCCCCCCCGCUCCGUCUCGGUCCGGAAGUUCUCCGGCGCUGAGGGCCAUGGCUGAAUCGUUCGACUCGCCGCGCAGGGACAUGACUAACGGCGCCACACACGCGGGGGCCCGCCACCUGCUGAGGAGGCAGCAGCGGCAGCACAACGGGCAGGCCAGGGGCCUCCGCUCGCCCUCGCCCAUGGGCAGGGUCAUCCUCAUCAACUCCCCCGUCGACGGUGGAGACGACAGCGAGGACAUCCACACCAUCACGGUGGACAAGAGCGCCGAUGGCAGGCUGGGCUUCAGUGUGCGUGGAGGCUCGGAGCACGGCCUGGGAAUCUUCGUCAGUAAAGUGGAGGACAACAGCUCAGCGGAGCAGGCUGGGCUGUGCGUGGGAGACAAGAUCAUGGAGGUCAACGGGGUUAACCUGGAGAGCAUCACCAUGAGCAGUGCGGUCAAGGUCCUGACGGGCAACAACCGCCUGCGCAUGGUCGUGAGGCGUGUGGGAAAAGUGCCUGGCAUCCGCUUCUCUAAGGAGAAGACCACCUGGGUCGACCUGAUCCACCGCCGAAUGGUGGUGGAAGAGAGCGGCCGCACGCCCUCCGAGGCCAGCUCGGACGGAGCCUUGCGGCGGAUCGUGCACCUCUACACCACCUCUGAUGACUACUGCCUGGGCUUCAACAUCCGGGGUGGCAAGGAGUUCGGCCUCGGGAUCUACGUCUCCAAGCUGGAUCCGGGAGGCCUGGCAGAACAAAAUGGGAUUAAAAUGGGGGAUCAGAUUUUGGCCGCCAAUGGGGUCAGCUUUGAAGACAUCAGCCACAGCAGCGCAGUGGAGGUGUUGAAGAGCCACACCCACAUCAUGCUGACCAUCAAGGAAGCUGGGAGGUAUCCUGCUUACAAGGAGAUGGUGGCAGAAUACAGCUGGCUCAAUAAGUUGGCCAGCGGGCCCCUGCAGUCCUCUUCCCAGGGCUCGGACACCAACUCCUCUGCCUCCUCCUUCUCGUCCGGCACUCCCCUAAGCUCCCUGAGCGGCCUGUCCCAGGUCAUGUUUCCCUCCAGCCUCCCACAGUUCGGCUCGGAGAUGGUGGACGUGUGCAUCUCCACCGAGGACUCCCGGCGGCCCAGCUGCUCCGAGCGCACAGAGAUGGCCAUUCAGACUGACCUGCAGCUGCCGCCCAACAGCACCCUGGAGCCCGAGGCCCUGGCGAGGCCGGGAAAGAUCGUCACCACGGAGACCAGCCGAACCCUGGGGGCCACGGUGCUGUUGAGGGACACGGCCAUCCGGAACGAGGGCACAGAUGAGGUCCCGUCCCGGGACCGGACUUUGUCCACGGGGGACCUGGCUGAUGAGCAGCUGGAAUCUCCGAAAACGGCUGUGCUGCUGGCACUCAGCAGGCCCCGCCGCCCCAUCCGGAGGUCCCAGAGCCACGUCACUGUGCUGGAGGACAAGAAGAAGAAGAAGACGGUGAAGCUGGGCGGGGAGGGGACCGGCCUGCAGCGCUCCAAGACCUUCGUCAGCCUGCUGUUCAAGAGCGGCCGCAAGAGGGAUGCCUCCCGGGACAAGAAGGAGGGGGCGGCAGGAGAGGGACGGAGCCGCUCUAAAUCUCCGGCUCGCUCUGAGUCGGACAGAGAUAAGGAGCGCGGGCGGCUCUUUAGCCUGUUCAGCUCCCCAAAGGAGUCUGUGGCCGCCCUGCGUGAGCAGACCCCCCUGCCCCACUCCGAGGCGCUGGCCCUAGUAGAAGACAUGGCCAGGAAGCUGCUGAAUGAAGACGAGGUCACUGCAAUCAUGAGGCACUGCCAGAGGGUGAGCACCCUGCACCCUGCACCCUGCACCCUGCACCCUGCACCCUGCACCCUGCACCCUGCACCCUGCACCCUGCACCCUGCACCCUGCACCCUGCACCCGAAUAAGGAGCGCGGGCGGCUCUUUAGCCUGUUCAGCUCCCCAAAGGAGUCUGUGGCCGCCCUGCGUGAGCAGACCCCCCUGCCCCACUCCGAGGCGCUGGCCCUAGUAGAAGACAUGGCCAGGAAGCUGCUGAAUGAAGACGAGGUCACUGCAAUCAUGAGGCACUGCCAGAGGUUUGUGUCGGACCACGUGGUUGAGGACCUAGUCCGCCCCCUGCUGGCUAUUCUGGACCGGCCUGAGAAAUUGCUGCUGCUCCGGGAGAUCAGAACACUGAUUCCCCCUACGGACCUUGGCAGGUUUGACAGCAUGGUCAUGCCUUUCGAACUGGAAGCCUAUGACAUUUUAAAGAGCCGAUCUGAUUACAGGGGAGGGUUCCAGCUCAAGCCGGUGCAGGACUUCGAGAAGGACAGGCAGCUGAUGGCGGAGAUAGAGAAGCUGCGGCUCUCUGGGCUACAGGAUAUCCGACAGCUCCCCUCCAGGACUCUGACCCCUCUCCAGGACGUGCAAGUGGACAGCUACUCCGCAGAGGCCCUUAAACCCCUCCCAGCCAGCCCCAUGCGCUCCAAUUGGUUGCUGGCUGAGACCCAGCGCUCAGAAACAGACGCCCCUCUGAGGAGGGACAAUCCUGGUACGGUCCGCUCUGUCCACUAUGAUGAGGUGUCGUUGCACUCCACGGCUGACAGGGGCCAUACCACUUCAGAAAGGGGGAGAUCUCCCUUCCGAAACGGCCAGGCAAAAGCCAGGAAGGAGAAAGCAGAGAAAAGCAAGGACUCCCUGUACACUGUGAUCAACGCCCCCCGCAGAUCCAGGCCGAUGCUGUCGGAGAUCUUUGGAGGCACAGGAGGAGAAGGGUCUCCCGGCAGUGCUAAUCUCCGGGACCUCAGUUCUGACAGGGGCUCAACAGCACCCCCUACAGUAAGGGCGGGAAGGGGGCAGGUGAAUGGACACUCGCAGAAUGGCUUAAGCGGCAGCCCAGCCAGCGCACCAGUGGAGGAAUAUGAACUAACCACUGUCACCAUCUCAAAAACCAAGCAGUCCCUGGGAAUCAGCAUCUCAGGAGGGAUGGAAUCCAAGGUGCAGCCGGUGGUGAAGAUCGAGAAGAUAUUUCCUGGCGGAGCAGCCUCCAGCAGUGCCACACUGAAGGCUGGCUACGAGCUGGUGUCAGUGGAUGGGGAGAGCCUGCAGGGAGUCACUCAUCAACAUGCUGUGGACACCAUCCGCCGCGCCUUCAGCAACAAGGCCACUGACCCCAUGGUGUUCGUGGUGAAAGUGCCCAAGAGCUCCAGAGACUGACUCCCUGGCUCGACACAGCAGGCGCAGGCUGGGUAGGAGAUCCUCCACAGCUCCCCCUAGAGUUCAGAGGAGGAUCUGUGAUACUAUCAGCCGUACGAAGAGAAGGCAUGGAAAUGCCAGAAGGCUGAGGCACCAGCACUAAAGCAGCUGAACAGAAUUCAGAGACUUUGAACUGUGAAAAAGCUGCUUCUCUUUGUCUCGGGCUAGGACUCAGCUCACAAACAGAACUGCCUCCAGUUAAUGUUUCUGAGAAACAGCUCCUCUAGUGUUAUGGAAAUUCCAUCACGUGUAGAAAUCUGUUCAAACACAGGCAGGAAUAGUUGAUAAAUUGCAGCAGCAGCACCCAUUCCACUUUCAGAAGUAAAGAGGACUGCUAUUCCUUCUUAGCAAUAAUUAUGUUGGGUUCAGUUUGGAAAAUUCUGAUUCUAUACUUGCUGUGGUUCAGGACUCCAGAGGACAGUGGAAAGAAUGGCACUAUCAGAGCAGCUCUGAUGGCUUUACCACCUACUGUACAUUCCAAGACAGCUUAUCCUGCUGUUUUGGAAAAAAAUCUCAGCUAUUGUCACUUCCUUCAGCAGCCUAUUGUACUGUAAACACUUCUCUUUCCUGGAUAAAAUCUGUAUAAUUACUAAGCUUACCAGGGUUGCUCCACUUUUUAAGGACAAGGAAAGCAGCUAUUAAGGGUUUUGGGAAUGGCUGCAUGUCCUCAGUGUAACACAGUGUUAACUUACACUGUCCUAGAUGAGAGAUGCCCACUUUUCCCACUGUGCAGGAGACAUGCAGUGGGAGUUGAGUGGUGGACGCGUCACUGGUUUUUAAUACUGGUCUGGUUUCUGCAAUGUCAAACCUCCUGGUGUCAGGCAGGGUCUUAGAUCUGUCUGUGUGGCAACAGCUCAGUGUCCUUGCAGCACAGACUGGUGCUGAAAAUAACCAGAGAAAGACUUGUAGAACUACUGGGCUCACACACCUUAAAGCUACACUGCAGCAGAAAAGAAAAGUAAAACAGGAGGGUGGUGCUGUUUCAGAGGGCAAAAAAUGAAAUAUAAUAGCAAGAUCUUGUAGUCCACAAAAAAAUAUGGCAAUUACAGUAGGUUAAUGACGAUUAAGGUUAAUGUGAAACGAAAGAAAAAAUUGUAUAAGAAAAACUUAAAUCAAGCAUAGCAUCUAUACCAAAGUAACUAUGCUAAAAGCAGUAAACGUCAAUAAACCAUUACCUACAUGUACAGUACAGACUGGGUUGUGUAUGUACAGUAUAUUACCAGUGUUAGCUGCAAAUAGUAAGCAGCUGAAGGUGUAAAAGGGUUUUCCCUUGGAAACACUAACAAUCAGUAACGCAGAACCGGACACUGGCAGCUGUCCAGUGCUGACCUUUGAACAGUGAUAGGCUCCUAGCACAGGCCUGUUCUGCUCUGCAAAGAAUUGGAUAAGGUGUGUGCAUAUCUGAACACCGACAGUUUGGAUGUUCACUGUAAAUACGCUCUUAUACACCUGCAGCAAGUGCCUUGUGUUCAUACAACUUUGCAAUAGCAAAUGGCAAACAUUUAACAGCCCGUGGUAGACCCUGUGUGUCAUUCAAAUUCCAAUAAAAACACAAUAUUGACAAUUUUUUUCCUUGCUGUGGCUGAAUGCUCAAAUCUGUGCUGUCCUCACAUGCAGUGGUUCUGAAUUGCAUGAACAGAGAUCCACCAGUCUUAUUUUUUUUGUACCUCCUGUGGCUCUGUCACUCAACACCACUGCAGUGCUGGAGGAUAAUUAAUGUAUACUAGGGGAACUAGACAAAGUGUGUUUGCUCCGUGGUGAGUUUACAGAUUUAAACUCUUGAUGGCUUUGAAUUAUCCCUAGUGCAGAACAGACACAGACUGAGACUCACAGACGAGACGUGACUGGUUCAGGGCAGGGCUACUGUAUGUGGUUAGCUGACUGGUGGGUCGGCUGGAGUCAGCCUGGGUACCCCAGCUCACCGCGUAAUGGUGACCCCCUGGUGUUUACCGCUUGCCCAGGUGAUGCCAACUCUGCGUUGGGCAUUGAGGGCUGGACAGCAGGCACGUCCCUGUGCUGGUGCAGAGGUGUGCAACGGCGAGCUUAGAGGCGAGGGUAAUAGAAUUGUCAGCAGCCAUAUCAACCCUGCAACUCACAACUGGCAGCCCACUGAAGCUCAGCAGGUG